AUGUUCGCCAACGUGCAACGGCAGAGCCGGUUGGGGGCCCCCCGCCUGGCACCAUGCAGAGCCCACCACCAUCACCCCAAGAGGCUGGAGAGCGAUGAGCCCCCCGCCAAGUGCGCCCGGCUCAGCGAGUCUCCCCCGGACGGCGGGCUGCUGCCUUCCCCGGGCUCCCCGCUGCCGCCGGCUUUGCACAGCGCCGACCCCCAACACACGGGACCCACCUGCAUAGGGAACUACCUGCUGCUGCCCAACGUGGACCGGGAGAACGUGGCCAGAGCCCUCCACCUGCACACCGGAGAAGAGCUACAGUGCAAGGUUUUCUCCUUGAAGGACUACCAGCACAAGAUCCAACCUUACAUCCACCUCCCCUGGCACCGAAACAUCACCGGGAUGGCGGAAGUCAUCCAAGGGGAGAGCAAGGCCUACGUGUUUUUCGAAAAGGAGUAUGGCGACAUGCACUCUUAUGUGCGCAGCUGCAAGAGGCUGAGCGAGGAGCAGGCCGCCAAACUCUUCAAGCAAAUCAUCAGCGCGGUGUCCCACUGUCACCAGUCCAAUAUUGUCCUGGGGGACCUGAAGCUGAGGAAGUUUGUGUUCUCUGACAAAGAAAGGACUCGCCUGAGGUUGGAAAGCUUAGAGGACGCUCGCAUUAUAAAAGGCGAGGACGACGCUCUGUCAGACAAACACGGGUGCCCGGCUUACGUCAGCCCAGAGAUCCUCAACACGGCAGGGACUUAUUCCGGGAGGUCGGCCGACGUCUGGAGCCUGGGCGUCAUGCUCUUCACCCUCCUGGUUGGACGUUACCCUUUUCAUGAUUCGGACCCCAGCUCGCUCUUCUCCAAAAUCCGCCGCGGACACUUCUGCAUCCCUGACCACGUCUCCCCCAAAGCCAGGUGCCUUAUCCGAAGCCUACUGAGGCGGGAGCCCCACGAGAGACUGACGGCAGAGGAAAUUUUAUUACAUCCCUGGUUCGAAGCUGCCUCUCACCCCGGCUUAGCAGACCAGGAACCGAGCACCACUGACCAGCUUGUUCCUGAUGUCCCUCAGACUUGUGAUGACAUUGAUUCCUUCUUCUGCUAGCUCCUCCCAACCUACGGACUAUGGUCUUUAUAAUGACCAGAUCUGGGACUUGCGGUAGGCCUGUAAGCCCCUCACGGCUGUGGUGUGGACAAUGUUGUACGUUAUACCAACAUACCAUUCUGAGUUUGCCAACAAUUAUCCUAUUGCAAAAACUUUUGCCUUGGUGGACUAGAAUCGUUCUCGGGCCCCUUUAGGCA